CUCAUAUACUUUUUAAAGAUAGUUUCCAGUAGCUUCAUAUAAAUCCUUUGGAGCAUUUUUAGUUCAUCUUUGUACUUUAUUUUUGUGUGAAAAACUUUUGUAGUACACUUUAAAAAUUAUGGAACCUCAAGGUCUUUGUGAUAAUGGAAACCAAAAAACUUAUUGGUAAACCGCUUCAACCUGCAAGACCUGUUCGUCAUCUGGCUUCUCCCCCUGGAGCAGUAUUUCCUUUCAACUUUCAAAAUGAAUAUCCGUGUAGCGCUCAGUGCUUACAGAGUGGAGUUAGCAGAUGUAAGACGAAUGGCAUGCAAGCCUUUACUCAAGGUCUUAAUGAACAACAGCAACAUCAAUCUCCAGUUAAAAAAGAGCGAAUUAAAUACAGCAGAGAUUUCCUGUUGAAGCUCUCAAGUGUUUCCAUCAGCAGAAGAAAACCAGACUUUCUGCCUGAUCAUCCCAUUGUUCUCCAAAAGCCAGAAAACAACCAAAGUUUCAAUUAG